AUGGUUGACCAUGACAAGGAAAGAGGAGCAGCCAGAAUGAGCAAAGCAACACGAAUCCAGAUCAAUGAAAUCAAUCCUCAUAUCCUUUGCCCCCUUUGUGGAGGGUAUCUCAUUGAGGCCACCACCAUUGUGGAGUGUCUGCACUCUUUUUGCAGAUCAUGUCUGGUGAAGUACCUGGACAGCAGCCGAUCUUGUCCCAUCUGUGAUGUACAGAUCCAUAAAGCAAAGCCACUGCUUAAUAUCAAAGUGGACAAGACUCUCCAGGACAUUGUCUAUAAGCUCGUCCCAGGACUCUUUCAAAAUGAAAUGCAGAGGAGGAGGACCUUUUAUGCAGAGCAUCCUGAAAACACCCCUAGUGAUAAGGAAGAAAGUGGAGAUGCUUCUGACCAAAGAUACCUUGUCUAUACAGCUGGUGAUCACUUUUCCAUCUCCCUCACAUUGGAAAACCCUCCUCCAGAUACGAAAGUGGUUCCAAGGUUCUUCUUGUGUCCUGCAAUGGUAUCUGUUGGGUCUUUGAAGAAACUCAUCUCCCACAAGUAUGGCUUACCUUCAGUUAGGCAAGUUGUUGUCAGUUUCAAUGAAGAACCACUGGUGGAUGAUGACACACUAAUUGACAUUGCCUACAAUCAUCAGUGGAAGAAGAUCGGGCCCAUGGAUCUUACGUUCCGAAUUGUGGAGAGAGGAAAGAAGAGAAGGAGAAACCAGUGUGGUGUCUUGGCUUUGCAGCCAAUGAAGAAGCGCUUGAAGGACGAAGGCCUGGCGUCUGCGUCCCCGGUGAAGAGAAUCUGUGAUAGGGAGAUUUCCCCUUCCUUGCAAAGGAGUGAUGCAAAAGGGAGCCUUGACACAUCAGUGUCUGUGUCACCGAGUGCCUCUGCUUGUGAUAAGACUCGAGUCUGUGAUAGCAUUGACCGUGAAAAGCCAUGGAAGGAAGUACAGCUUCAAAUCAGUGAGACAGGAAUCAUGAGUUUUUCCCAACCAGCAGGAGAAGCAGGAUCUAAGAGACGGGAGAAAGACAGUGAAAGAGACGAGGAAGAUGGUAAGUCCACAUCUGUUAAUGCGUCAGUUGGCUACAAGACGUUGAAGGUUCCGCCCAAAUCUUGGAAUCCAAGUGUGAGUCCAAGUGCAUCUAAGGGGCAACCAAAGGUGAAUGCUCCAACUCCAGUUGAGCUCACACUUCCCAAGCCACCAAAAAUCUUCAAAGUCAAGCACAUGCCUCGAUAUCUUCAACAGAAGGCUCAUGUUGAAGACUUAAUGCAGAUGAGGACCCAAGACCAGGAGCAACCCAAACAUGCUGGCAGUUUUUCCCAAACCCACAAGGCCAAACCAUCGUCCAUCAAAGUAUUGCAGAGCAGUGUGGCAUCACCUAAUGUGACUGGUGUUACAGCCAAGACUUCGGCUUUAUUGAAUGCUUUUGCAUCUGUGCCUGUGACUUCCUCUGCAGAUGUAACAUCAAGAAGCUCAACUGUGACAACAUCUUCUUUGCCAAUUGAAACAAAGUCAUCACUGGUGGUAUCUUCUACAUCUGCUUCCAAAACUUACACUGUCAAGACUUCAACAGCUUCGCUCCCACGAAAUUCAACUGUUUCUGUAUCAUCCCCAUUGACCACUGUUGCCAAAUCCCCAGUUGCAACCACAUCUACAUUGACCACUGUUGCCAAGUCCCCAGUUGCAAGCACUACUCCUACACUGAAAUUUGCAACUCCCACUUCUGUGACCAUGACAGCUUCCUCCUCUCUCACUGCACCAGUCGAUGGUUUUUCUCCAGAGGCAUCUUUGAGCACCCAUGCUAGUUCUUCCAAUGCUGUUACAGCAAAGACCUCCGAUGCAUUGGCAUAUGCCUCUAAAACAUCAACUGUCACAACUUUGUCGAUGCCAAGAAUGGCACCCAUUCCUAUUGCCCCCAAGUCUCCUGCCAUUACGACUUGUGGUUCCAAUGCACGAAAGCCAAAUGUUACAACUUCAUUCAUUACAAACCCUUCAAGUAUUGGCACGUCCAAAAUACCUGGCACAACCAGUGGCACUGAUUGCCUCCCUACUCCAUCAGCUAGUAUAAGUGGAUCAUCUGGAGGCAUGACAAAGGUGACCAUGAGCAGUAAGACUGCCCGUCCUGUGACUUCAAGUAGAACUUCAGCUAUACCAAAUGUGUCACAAGUUGUAACAGCCACAUCGGGUGCAACACAGAAGGAUUCUCUCCCAGUCACAAUUUCAAGUGCCAGCUCCACUUGUAAGAUAUCUGGAAGUACAGUUUUGGAGAGCAUAAUAUCCUCCCCAUCAACUGGAAACAGAACUAUCAGUGUUCCCACACCCAAGAGUACUUUGUCUUCCAUGGCUGGAACACACAGCCCUAGAUCCUCAUUGGAAACAGCUCGACAUAGUCCCUCAAAAGCUUCAAUGCUAAAGACAGAAGGGAUGUUGUUGCCAUUUCUUCCAAUGAUGCAUUCCCCAACUGGUGUGUCAUCAUCCUUGACCCCACCCCCCUCAUCGCCUCAUCCAUUCCAUACACUUGUGUCCCUGGCAUCGUCCCCAAUCCCAACAUACACGACCAUUGGUCAACCGCCACCCAUUCGUGCCUUUUCCUAUUCACCUCCGUUACCACAUGCAGCUGCUUACUAUCACCAUCACCAUCAUCACCACCCUCACACUCACUCUCACCUUCCUUCCCUAUUAUCUCCCUCAGGCCCUCCCAUGUUUUCUUUCCCACCUCUUCCUCGUUCCUUGACCCCUCCCCUCAUCUUUCCCCCUCCAUUCCUUCAUGAUGGGGUGGGGAUGAGGCCUGCUUUGAAUCAUUCACCCCCUUCAGUUCAACGGAUGCCUGGGAACGUAACAAGGAUUUCUCGAGCCCCAUCCAUUCCCUCGAAGUCUCCAGUGGCGGCCAGCUCCUCUCCUAAAAAUGAGGAUUCAUGUUCAAGCAAGGCUGGAAAGAAGCCUACCAAAGAGCAAGAAUUUCCUCAAAAAGGUAAAGAAGAAAAAUCUGAGGAGAGGGCAUCUCUGUUGUGCCAAGAAAACCAGGGGAAGUCAACAGGUGAUGAACAUAUUCCACCUGGAAAAACUUCUGACCAGAAGGACCUCUUGGAACACUCCAAAGAAGAGGCACCCAAGAAUCUCAAGUCUGCUGAAAGCAUUGAGUCUACAAAGGAAGCAGAGAAGACUGCUGCAAAGGAAGGGAAUACUGAGUCAAAUGCCAUUGAGAGCCUUGAAAAGGAAUCUGUACCAAAGGGGGAAGAUACUGUGAACAAGACCAAAUCUGAGACUAAAGAGGAAGAAAGAAGAAUUGAAGAGAAUACAACAGGUGGCGAAAAGAAAGGCGAGAACAUAUCAGAAAGAGGAAGCAAGAAUGAGGAAAGGUCAGGAGAGGAUGUCACAAAAGACCGAGAGUCCACCCCGUCGUAAUCUGGUUAUUCAUCCUUCCACUACCUGUUGAAUUUUGAAAGAUAGAAGAGAGAGAAUAUCUAUAGCCUAUUUUGGAAUGGUACAAAGUCUUUGAUAUUGGGAAGUUUUUCCAACCUGUUUUUUCUUGCUUAGCUUUGCUAUCCUCUGUGUUUGCUUUUCUUGCCUCCUCAAUGAGGAGGAGUCGUCAGAUGAUGUUUAUUUUUUUUAUAUAAGUUUUUUCUCAAUCCCUGGCCUCAUUUUGAUUCCCUUCCUCGAGGGUCAGGUCGAGAAACGUUGAGCUGCGUGUCUAGUCGCCGGCGGGUCGUGUCGGAUGAUGAUUGUGCGAGGCCAGGCUCUGUAUCUAUGUCUUGUUCUUGUAGGAGAAAGAAGCCAAUAAUAAAGAGCGAAUUUAUUCCCUCCCCU